UGCUUUCUAUUUGUAGUUGUUCUCUUCUACUCUGCUCUCCACUCUUAUACCGGCUGAAGUGGUACCAUGUACUUUACUACUAUUCCUUUCAUGUUAGUGUUCUUUGGGUUGAUGUGUUGUAUAUCACCGAUGAUGGUACUGAGUCAAAGGGGUACAAAAGAGAGUUCUUAAGUUCCACAAAAGUUUCAUAACCACACAAGCAUUGCAUUCAUACAUUCUACCUUUUAUACUCAUAAUUCUCAUCCCUUCCCUUGAAGUAGUUGUAAGUUGUUCCUUUAAGGUUCGUUUUGGUUAGUACUUGCUUGCAUUGGCUGCUGAAGGCGAAUCUCAUGUUCUUUUAUGUUCUUUCUUAAUCAUGCCUCUCUCUAUCUCACUAUUUGUGCAUUAUUACUAUCCCUUCUCUGUAAGUGGUUGUCAAGUUUUCCUUUAACAUUCGUCUUGCUCAUUACUUGCUUGCAUUGGUUGCUGAAGGCAAAUCUCAUGUUCGUUUUUGAAGUUCUAUGCCUCGAAGAAGAAGUUUUCCCCAUGGUAAGUCAUCGACAGUCUCAAAUAAUGAGUCAAUUCGACCAUUAAAAAUUGAAUGUAAGUACAAAAAUUGCUCUUAGCAUAAUUAUAUAGAUUUGCAAUUUAAUAUGUUUCAUUUCACGUGUUAUUCAGGGCAUAAGAGAGCUGUUUUCUUACCACUAGAAGGUGUAGUGGAUUCUGCUUAUUCAGCUUAUUCAGUAUUCUACUUUGCUUACAAGUACCAAACUGACUGGAAAAGUUACCCGCAAAGAGCUACAAUUGAAACUUCUAGAGUAUGUAUUUCUUUUACCUUUCUGUUUCAAAAUUCAAAUAACAUACAUUACUUUAUUUCUAACUGCAAAUCUAAUACAUAAUUCGGGUACAGGGGAUUGGUUGUCAAGGUAACUCUAUUUGGUAGGAUAAUCACCCAAUUUAAUGCCAUUCUUGCAAGUGCUGACAAUCGUCCUAUCAUCCUGGUCAUUACAUCAUUAUACAUCGCUGAUUUCAAUGGUAAACACACAAUUUAAUUACUUUCAUAUCAAUUAAUAUAAUUCAUAUAAACUAAACACUUAAUUAACUUACCUUCACAUUUGCAGGUGAGAACACAUUCUUUUCAAGCGGAGCGACCUUACUGCUGGCUGAUCCACAAAUUCCUGAAGUCAUUAAUUUUGCGUCUAGGUAAAACUCGCGACAUCUUUGUCAUCGUAUUGUUGUGAAUUUUAAUUACUUUCAUAUCAAUUAAUAUAAUUCAUAUAAACUAAACACUUGAUUAACUUACCUUCACAUUUGCAGGUGAGAACACAUUCUUUUCAAGCGGAGCGACCUUACUGCUGGCUGAUCCACAAAUUCCUGAAGUCAUUAAUUUUGCGCCUAGGUAAAACUCGCGACAUCUUUGUCAUCGUAUUGUUGUGAAUUUUAAGUUACAAGCUUAUAACGUAUUAAGACAUUAAUUACCUACCUUUUUGGUGAAUAAAGUGGGGGUGAUCUGCCAGCUCUGCCAGUGAAGGAAAUAGAAAAACAUCAAAAUUUAGUUCCACUGAAAACAAUAGAUGAGCUGAAUAUAUUGAAGAUGAACGAGGGAGAGGAGGUCAGUACCAAUUUCAAUUCAACAACCUAAUGAUUAUCAAUCGCUAACACUACAUAUAAAAUGCAGGGAAAUAUGUAUUCUGUCAUAUGAAAAGUUCUCAAUGUUAAGAAUGGGUGGUGCUAUGUUGGAUGUCAAAAAUGUCCACAAAAACUCGAAGAAGAUUUGGAUGAGUACUUCUGUGGGAGUUGUAUGACAACAUUAAAGACCACAACAGCCCGGUAAUUCGAGGAUUGUUAAUGUCAAUUUUAGUUUCAUGUAUUUCAUUCCUUGAUAUACUGGUAUCGUGGUUGGAUACAUGAUUGACUACAACAUAGUUUAUGCUCCUUUUUUAAUUUCAUAGAUAUAGCAACGUGGUUGGUGAUUUAAUUUGUUGCAACAAGGUUUUUAUUCAGUUACUUUUGGCUUACAUAUAUCAAUUCAACGGCCUCGCCACUCCUACGAUUUUUUUCUUCUUUAAUUACGUCAUUAUAACCAUAGAUUCAGGAUCCACCUCCGAGCUGCGGACACAACAAAUGCAGUUGACUUUGUUAUUAUGGAAGGAGUUGACGAUUGAUUAUUUCGCAUAUCUGCUGAAAAACUUUUCCAAGACAACAAUCAAAUGAGAGGACCACCACCGGCUCAUCUCCUACAAAUUGAAGGGAUGACGUUGAAGUUCUUCAUCAAGCUCACAGGUUACAACAUCGCUAACCCUACAAGCGAAUACACAAUUAUCAAGAUAGGGAAGGAUGAGGAAAACUCCAACUCAAAUGAUCUGCCAAUAUUGAUCGAGGAGGAAAGUAGACCUGCUGCUAAUGGUGUACCUGCUGCCAUUGAUGGUGCUGAGAAAAAGCAAGAUAUGGCUCAUGAGGCGGAGAAAAAUGAGGAAGAAACUCCCCAAAUGUAAGAGAAGGAGGCGUCAACAUAUAAUGGAGCACAAUGCGACACCAAUGACGACAAAGCAACUACUAUGGAUGGACGUAGUGAUGUAGUCGAUGGAGCAGGAAGUGAAAAGAACCAGAAAAAAUGAAAACAUGGAGCUGUCUCCGACGAUGAGGAGUAAAUAGAAGGAUUAUUUUAAAACAAUUUUAGGAGUCGGUUCCCUUUCAUGAGGUUUUUCUUUCAUUUUUCGUAUGAGGAUUUUGUCGGUCAGGAUGUAGGUUGAACUAUUUUAUUCUCUUUUUAUAUUUAUGGUUAAAGAGGAUGUCAGUUAAACUAUUUUCUUCUCGCCUCAUUUCGUAAUGGUUUUGGUACUAUGUUGUUGUUUUUCUUGAAUGAAAGAUGAUGUUUGUUCUUCCUCUGAGGUUUCUCUCGAGGCAACGGCGGAAGUUAAUUAUAAGUCAUUGUUGGCCGAUGAUGACGUACCCGAUGAUGAGGCAUCCGAGCUAAAUGUAUCGAUACCUGGUGCAAGGAAAGGGAGAAAAUGGAGUCAAGCGUAGGAGAGCACCUAGAAUACAGCCGGCCAAAGAUGAUGCUCCAAUGAAAGUAUAGAUUUUGGAGGUUGGGGAGAAAGGCAUGGAAGGGGAGGAACUAGCCUUCAAUUUGGCCAACGGUGAAGGUGAUGUUCUCGGUUAUCUAUACUCAAAGGGAAUUAAAACCUGAUGGGGUGCUUGGUUCACCAUAACCGCGGGAAGAUAACGUUACUGCUUAACCUGUUGCUCUGAUACCACGAGAAAAAUAACCAAGUAUUGAGACCGAGACACGAUCUUUUACGUGGUAUCUCCAAUUUUACGAUCGGGACAAAUCCACGGAAGAGUUCAUAGUUUAAAAAAUUCAUUUGACCACAGCCUAGUAUGAUUUAUAAAUGAAUCCGGCUGGGCACGUGACUAGUUCCUAUAAGGAUCAAUCUUAGUUUCAUUUUCCUUGCCCUCAAGCGUCAAGGCAUAUGAAAUAUGAAGUCAUCAACCACAUACAUGAUGAACAAACUAUCAUGUUGGGGGAACACAGUUUACCAUUAUUUCAAUUUACUUUAAGAUCACAACUCAAACAAUUUGUUACAUAAACCAAAUUGUUGCAUCUUGCAACUAUCAAAAUUGAAAAGCAUACAAAUUUUGGUGAAAAAUUUUGUUUCAAGAAUUUAACGUGAAUUCUUCCAAAUUCAAACACAAUUGAAUUUUUCUUGAACUUUUCUCAUAAUAUAAAUUAUGCGUGUGCUCUCAUCUCAUUUGAUAUCACUAACCAAAUCAAUUGGUUAAUCUUUCAUAACAACAUGUUACAUAUAUAUCAAGUGAUAUAAAUGGCACUUUAACAAAACUCGGAAACACAACCAGUGUCAUACUUGUCAAGAACCUGUUGCUCCCAAUAACUCGAGUUGUUGGGAGAGGUUCAAUCGUGGAUCAUAUACCACAACACUAACACGCCCCCUCAAACGAAAGCCACUCACAAGAGCUUGAAGUUUGCACAGGUCUGAAGACAAGAAUACCAUGUGCUUAACAAAUGGGGGUUAUCGGGAAUCGAACACAAGACCUCUCAGUCACAGAAGGCUCCGAUACCAUGUUAAGAACCAGUUGAUCCCAAUAACUCGAGUUGUUGAGAGAGGUUCAAUCGUGAAUCAUAUACCACAACACUAACACGCCCCCUCAAACGAAAGCCACUCACAGAAGGCUCUGAUACCAUGUCAAGAACCAGUUGAUCCCAAUAACUCGAGUUGUUGGGAGAAGGUUAUACUGGAUCAUAUAUCACUCUCUAACACGCCCCCUCAAACUUCAAGCCAAACCAUGGGCUUGAAAGACAACGGUUAAUAUUGGGGGUCGUGGAGAUUCGAACACAUGACCUUUCGGUUCUAGGCUCUGAUUCCAUGUCAAGAACCUGUUGCUCCCAAUAACUCGAGUUGUUGGGA